UCGUCAUCUCGGUACAAUGUAGCUAGGUUGGUUGCUCCCGCUCUCUUUGCGUAGGUAUUAGUUUAAUACAUAGAUAAGUUAGGGAGAUAUUAAUUUAUUAAUAUUUGUACAGUUAGUACGCGUAAUUAGUGUAAACAAAGCAUGCGAAGGGUGACGCUUUUUGUCAACGGAACCUCCAAAAAUGGCAAGGUUGUAGCUGUUUAUGGGACUCUGUCUGAUCUUUUGACAGUCGCCAGCAAUAAACUGGGAAUCAGGGCUUGUAACCUAUAUAACGGGAAAGGCGGUCUCAUAGAUGACAUCGCCCUCAUCAGAGACGAUGAUGUGCUGUACGUGUCAGAAGGAGACGCUUUCAUUGACCCUCAGAGUGAUGGGAAAAAUGCAGAUGACAUCUCAGGAUCGCACACCGAUUGGCUGACGCUGAAUAUUGGUGGGCGGCAUUUUACAACCACUAGGAGUACUCUUGUGAGUAAGGAGCCUGACAGCAUGCUGGCACACAUGUUUAGAGAGAAGGAUGUCUGGGGCAAUAAGCAGGAUGAACGAGGGGCUUACCUCAUUGAUCGCAGCCCAGAGUACUUUGAGCCCAUCCUGAAUUACCUGAGGCACGGCCAGAUCAUUGUCAAUGAAGGAAUAAACUUACUCGGAGUACUGGAAGAAGCUCGAUUCUUUGGAAUAGAGCAAAUGGCUGAACAGCUAGAAGUUGCCAUUAAGAAUUCUCAUCCACCCGAAGACCACUCUCCACUCUCACGGAAAGAAUUUGUUCGCUUUCUGCUGGCUACUCCAACCAAAUCAGAGCUGCGCUGUCAGGGUCUUAAUUUCAGUGGAGCGGACCUUUCUCGGCUGGAUUUGCGCUAUAUCAAUUUUAAGAUGGCAAAUCUGAGUCGCUGCAAUCUCACCUAUGCAAACCUGUGCUGCUCAAACCUGGAGAGAGCGGACUUAUCUGGAGCUAACCUGGACGGUGCUAAUCUUCAGGGUGUAAAGAUGCUGUGCUCCAACGCAGAGGGAGCGUCACUGAAAGGAUGCAACUUCGAGGAUCCCUCUGGGCUCAAGGCCAAUCUAGAAGGAGCUAAUCUGAAAGGCGUUGACAUGGAGGGCAGUCAGAUGACUGGUAUAAACCUGCGCGUGGCGACGCUGAAGAAUGCCAAGCUAAAGAACUGUAACCUGCGCGGCGCGACUUUAGCCGGCACGGAUCUCGAGAACUGCGACCUCUCAGGCUGCGAUCUACAGGAGGCCAACCUGCGUGGCUCAAAUGUGAAAGGAGCCAUCUUCGAAGAGAUGCUGACUCCACUGCACAUGUCCCAAAGUGUGAGAUAACCAAUUACAUCUCUCCCCGCCCGGCGACCUCACCAGCCAGCUCUCCACGGCUCUCCCCGACCUCCCUUCUCGGUUCACGCUCCUGUGAAACCGUAUGCAAUACUAGCACUUGGUUUGCCCGCCCCUUCUCUUCGAGCUUUACUCUCGCGCACUAGCGCACAUCCAGGGCCCGCUGGUCAUGGCCAAAAAUGGCGUAUGCUUAGUGUUAGGGAAUCCAAAUAUCUGAAAAACGCCGUUUGUCGAACCAAACUCGUUGCUUUCGGGUUGCGUUUUUAUUUAUGCUUUGAGUUCGAUUUCACCGAAUGUAUACGUUUCAUGUUGUGUUUCGUCUCGAGUAAUGAAGUCAGCAUUUCAGUACAACCAAAUAUAUCUUUCGAAUUAUAGAUCUAGCAAUCAGUUGUAGGCAAGCUUAUCGUCGCACAGCUCACUGCAGGCAAAGCAAGCUCAUAAUAGUAGCUUUAUGUAUAUAAAAUAUGGUAAACAUCUCAUACAACUGACAGGUCUGGUUACUAAUAUGCAACAUAAUCUGUUGUCACAUUGUCACAAACCAAAUGAAUGAGUUAUUUUGGGUUCUGGUUCGCCCAGUUUGUUGUUUGAUCUACCUCCCAUACAACCCGUUCUAGUUUGAAAGUCAUUAAGUCAAAUGCAAACCACGUUUUGCUGUUAAUCGUUUUCGCCGUUUGCAAUUAAUCUUUAAUAACUGUGUAAUAACACUUGGCCAUAGGUUAAUAUGCACAAUAAUUAACCAGUGGUGCCAAUAUGCUGGUUUGCAAUAUCACUAUAUGUGUAUGUGUUUCGCCUUUAGGUUUCGUAUUUCCCACAUUUUUAGUCUUGUUUUAAUUGAAGUGAAAUGUUGAAGUGACCAACCCACACCAAAAAAAAAAUUGGUGACGUUUCCCGUGCCACCAUCAAAUCCAAUGCUUCCUUAUUUAAACGAUAUUACGUUUGUUCAUCGGUAUCGUUCUACUUUUUGUCGACAUUUUAAACAUAUGAAGCACUAAAUUAGGACUCGUGCAUUCCUAUCCGAAAAUGGCGUAGCACAUUUAUGAAAUGCAAGUUAGGUCUUGUGCUGCUCGGCUGCUGCGUUAUAAUAUCACCUGACCUGGAUUAUUUGCUGCAUGGUUUAUAAAAAUGAAACCUAACCAUCUCGGUCAGAGAUUUCUGACAGUAGCUCAGAGUUAUUUGUUACACAACAUGCUGUUAAUUUUCAUUUACAAAUGUUAUUGUAGGUACUCUAUCAAUCCUGUUUAAUGAAGGCAAUCAAAAUAGACUUUUGCACUCAGAGUGUGAUUUUCUAUGUAUAUCAAACCCUUGUUGAAAGGGUGCUAGCUAUUUAUUUAUGUAUCAGGCUGUAUUUAUGUAAGUGGUAGGGGAGGAGCUACCUAUUCUCUCUUUACCGAACUUUGUUGCACUCUAUUACGGAAAUGUGUUUCCAUAAAUAGACUGUUAUAAUCAAA